AUGGGGAAGAAUUUGCGAGACGAAAACUCUAACAAUCCAUCAGGGAAUGAGCAUUCAGCAGGGUGCGUGUGGGGCCUACUUCAUAUCAUGAAGUAUCACCACUGGCAUUAUGUCAAGAAAAGACUUGUGCACAAGAGGCAUCGCUGGAACAAGCAUGCUGCGGGAGUUGGAGAUCCUGGAAACGAUGCAAAUGCCUCUACGCAAGAUGCCUCUAUGCAAGAAGAAAACGAUGCUAAGAUUGACAAAUCUACUGAUGAAGGAAAGAUGAGGCAGUCCAUUCCUACAGUCAAGAAUGUCAAGGCCCGAAUAAAAGCACGGAUUGCUGGAGAGAUAUCGAAGAAGAAGGGACGACAUAACCGGAGUUCAAGCUGUCCUGCAAGAUCACAAUUGAAGCGAACUGAAUCGAUCCAUCAUUUGGAACCACCGUCUCACCUGGAUCCAAUUGCUGACAUGGUAUUGAAUGAGGGAAGUCCUAGAAUUUUUCACCGAAACAAUAAAAACUCUGAUGCUGCAAGCAAACCAGAAUCACUGCCCACGACAUCCUACGAAGAACCAACUAGUGGCAACAACAAUUGCGGAGAGAGUUGCCCAAUAGUUCUUGGAGAUCACAAAGUGCAUGAGCAGGUUGAUGAGAAUCAACAGGAUCACACACUUAUUCAAGAUAAGCUAGACGAUAACAUGAUGCAAGAUAUGCUAGAGCAGAAGUUGAUACAUGUAAAAGAACUAGACGCAGAUGCUUCCCUACACCAUCUAAAGGAGUAUCUGGAGGCUUUGGAUAUAAUCAAUGUAAACAAGGAGUUAUUAGUAAAAAUCUUACAUGAUCCAGGCUCUCCUUUGGCCCAGCACUUCCAUAAUCAGCAAGCAGUUGGUGCAAAAACGAGUUUAAGUAAGUCAGAGUCAUUCCCUGUACCUGGCUCUUCAGACAGAAGAGGUUCUGAGCCUAUCAAGCUCAAGCACAAGCAUGAGUUGAUAAGGUCUCCUUCAAAAGAAGAAAGUAAGUCGAAAAUUGGUAGUCAAGCACAAAAGUUAGCAGGGUCUACUUCUUUGAAAUAUGUUGGUGAACGGUCAAUGCCAUCGAUCAAUGAGUACAGUGAAGAUGGAAUUCUAAAGCUAAACCAAGCAAUUGCUGAUAAUUCUUAUUCUGGUUCUGCCGAUAAUGAAAUGGCAAUUAAGCGUUUUAAGGAUCUUAGACAGAAAAUAAAACAUGUAAUCAAGGAGAGCAGAAAAGAGAGACAUAUGAUUACUAUGGAUGCCCUCCUUCACAAGAUUCCUCAUGGCCAAAAGCUUACUAAAGAAUUGGAGCAGGAGAUCGAUAACCAUUCGAAGGACCUUGCAAUGAGUACAGAAGGUAAAGACAGUCCAGGAAGCAGUUAUGAAAGCGAUCAUUCGGUUUCUUCCCUCAAGAAAAAGAAACAGCGCCACAUGAGAAGAGCAUCUUCCCUCAAUGCAUCACUUGAUAGGUACUGUCAGUUGUAUGAGACUAGUUGCAGCAGAGAAGCCAAAGGCCAUACAUCUGAGAGAUUGAAAUUAAGAAAAGAAAGGGUAGACUCACCUUUGCAGCCUGUUCUGAAAACGCUCGGGAGGAUUUUUUCCUUACCUGAAAUUAAAUCAUACAAGUAUCAGAGUGAGGAAUCUUCUGAUGUUUUUUCUUCUGGAGCUCCAACACGGUUUGCUGUGGAUGGCAGGGCAAGCAGAAGAAGUAGCUUUGAUGAACAAAAUAGUCUAGACAUCCCUAUAGGUUCAGAAAAUCAUUUGCAGCUAGAUGCUCCUGUAGAAAGUAAGACAGAAAACUUGGCUGAAGUUGGUGAGUUAAAGGUGGCAUCAACAUCAGUUGCAAACAAUGAGGCAAGUGCUCCGGUGGAUUCGAUUUUUGAUGAUAUUGGAAACCUAACAGCAGGGAACAGUGUUUCUUAUGUGGAACUAAAUGUUGAGCCUAGAAGUGAGUCCAUUAUUAAUCAUGCAGAUCCCUUUCCAAUCUCUGUGCCUGACUUCACUGUUUCCCUAUCUGAAGGAGCAGAAAUGAAGCUAAAGCCUAGAGAUGGACUAGAGAACUUGGCCAAGCAAAGUGAAGAGCCUGUUCUUGAUACCCCUAAGGUGGUUCACAGUGGACUGGAUACAGAGAAAACAGAGAGUCACAGCAAGCAUUUGAGUUAUGACAUGUCUCAUCUUCAAGUUGAUGCAAGAGACAUGGCUGAAUUUAACUAUGUGAGAGAUGUGUUGGAGCAAUCUGGGUUCAAUGGGAAUGAGUCCCUCGGGACUUGGCAUUCAGAUGACCAGCCGGUCGAUCCUUUAGCGUAUGAAGGUGUCGAAGGCUGCUUGGUCCAUGAUCCUGAUUGUUCAGGAAAUGAAGAAGGUGGCAAAUGUGAUCACUUUCUGUUGUUUGAUCUGAUCAAUGAGGUACUGAUGGAGAUAUAUGGGAGGUCAUACACUUACUGUCCCAUGACCUUGUCUUCUCUAUGUAACAUCCCUCUAAUGCCAGCAGGGCACCACGUUCUCAAGCAAGUAUGGGCCCUUGUAAGUUGGUACUUGAGCUUGAGGCCAGAGUUUGAUCAAUCAUUGGAUUAUGUUGUGAGCAGCGAUUUGGCGAAGAAUGAUGGGUGGAUGAACCUCCAAUUUGAUUCUGAGUGCAUAGGAAUUGAGCUUGAGGACCUGAUUUUUGAUGAUCUUUUAGAGGAAGUUAGCUUGAGCUUGUGGAUGGAUCAGGUUCCUUCCUAA